GUUAAGUUUUCCAGUAGAGAGAGAGAGAGAGAGAGAGAGAGAGAGCACAGGGUUGGAUAGGACCAGCAGUGGCACAACUAAAGCACCAGAGUCUGCUGACAUACAAGUCACACCUGAUAACAUCUGGAACAAUACAGAAUAAAGCUCCACACAGAGGAGAACUACUGGACCUUCUGUUCAGAUCAGUGGCGGCAUCUACACCAGCCUGAGGAUUAAAUAAAUAACUAAAGAAUUUAUUCUGGUAUAGAGAAGAUCUUGUUGAGAAGAUUGAGGUCUACAAUUCUGGAGAAUCACACUAAAGUUUGAAGAAGAGCCGGUCAGAAUGUCGUUAUCUCGUAACGGAACGCUGGAGAAGACGUUUUCUCAGCAGCUCACGGCUGAUGUUCUGGACUCAGAGUUAACUCAGACUCACCUCCAUCACACUAACUCCAUCUCCUCUGCGGCCGUGUCCCCAGUGCCAGCCUCGGGGGUGGUGGUGCCCCCUCCUUACUCUGUGGCAGGCAGUGCCGGAGCCGAGCAGCCGCUGGAGCUCAGGGGGUCUCUGGACUGCUGGGCCUGCUCUGUCCUCGUCACCGCCCAGAACCUCAUCAUCGCCACUAUCAAUGCAGGCCUGGCUGGAGUCAUCUUCGGCCUCAUCCUCACCCCAGCGCUUGUCAUGGUGGUGUUCGGGUUCCUCUGCCAUUCUUCGGUGCAGCCCCAUGGAACCUCUGUUUACUGCUCGGAUCUGCUGAACGAUGGUGCUUGUGUCGCUCUGCUGGUGGUUGGCUUUCUGCUGCUGGUACCUCUGUUGGUUCUGGCUCUAGCCGCGUACUGCAGACUAGCCCGACACCUGCAGCUCAGCCUCUGCUUCAUCCCCUACAGCCGCGCCGUCUAUAAAAACAUACCUGCAUCCCACCACAGGGGGAUGGGGGGAUGCUGUGGCCAGCAGGGCUCAUCAGAGAGGGAGAGGAAAGGCAGUGUGUGGGUGUGAGGAAAAAGGCACUGGAGAUCCAGCGAAAAAGACUUUCGGGUUUGAGACAAAUCCAGGAUUAAAUGCAUUUUUAAGGGACAAAUCCACUUAAACAAAUGUUCAUUUUCCUUCAAGAAUAGGGUUGAAAAUGCGGUUUUACAGCAACCCUUAAGACUUUCUUUGGGUGGGUGGGGUAGGGUUGUUUUUCUGCCAUUAGCUGUGUUGCUUUUCAUUCAUUGUAAACAUCUGGAGGCUCCUUCUUUUUACUAGUUUAGCUUGUUUGCUCUUUUUCACAAACUAAAGGCCAUUCAAAUCUGUGAGCAGAGAAAAAAAUGAUCGUGGCCAAUUAAUUAAAGGCUAAUUAACUGUAGGCUAAGCGAUAAAUAGGCCUAUUACACAUAAAUUGUGUUCCAUUAAAAGUGUACAUCAAUUUAAGAAAAGUCCAAAUGCCCAAAUGUUUUUACAGGAUAGCCAGUCAUAGGAUAACCAAGCACAAGCUAAUAAAAAAUAGGCUAAGUAAUCAUGUUAGAACUAAUCUUAAUCUUAUUCAUGGACUAAUCAAUCACAGGGUAACUAAUUCAUAUCCAAACUGUAGUCUAACAAACAAACAUAUACUGAUCAACUACAACUAAUCAUAGGUCUACCAGCCUAUACAAUCAUGCUUUAAUAAAUCACAUAAUAACCAAUCACAGGCUAACCCAUCACAUGCCAGCCAAUCAUAGAAUAACCAAUCAUAGGAUAACUAGUCGAGAGAAAAUGGAUAUCCAGGCUAACCAGUCAAAGGUUAAUCAUUUAAACCAGGGGUGUCCAAACUAUGGCCUGCGGGCCAUUUGCGGCCCGUUUCCUUUUUUGGAGCGGCCCGCGGGGUAUUUUAGAAAUAGAAUGAAAGUUGGCCCGCAGGUAAGCAGGUUUUUUAAUGUGAGAUUCAAAGUUUGAACGCUAGGUGUCAGAAACGACCCAAAGAGUUGGAGAGAGUGCGCAUUUCUAGCGCAGAAAAACGGGCCAAAGAGUCUAAAAGCAGAGAGGGUGCGCAUUUCUAGCGCAGAAAAACGGGCCAAAGAGUCUAAAAGCAGAGAGGGUGCGCAUUUCUAGUGCAGAAAAACGGGGCAAAAGAGUCUAAAAUCGGAGAAGGUGCGCAUUUCUAGCACAGAAAAACGGGCCAAAGAGUCUAAAAGCGGAGUGGGUGCGCAGUUGUAGCGCAGAAAAACGGGCCAAACUGUCUAAAAGUUGCCGUAAUUAAGGAGUUGAAUAUUAAGAGACAUCAUGAAAUUAAAAAUCAAUUUGAAAAAUCUUAGUUUACACAACACUGUCAAAGAUAAAGAUAGUUAGUCAAGUAAAAUGGUGUGUAAAUGAAAUAAUCAGGAAAAAAGUAUUAUUUAAAGCGGUAUAUUUUAUUAUUUGUUUUAUUACAGAGUCUGUGGCCCGUGACUUCAAAUGUAUUUCUCCUUUUGGCCCCCAACAAAAAAAGUUUGGACACCCCUGAUUUAAACAAUCACAAGAUAACCAACCACAAACUAGCCAAUUAUGGAAUAACCAGUCAAGUUAAUCAAUAGGCAACCACCCAUAGUAGAUUCACAAGUCAAACGCCAAUAAAUCACCUAAUAAUGUGUUUUUUUAUCCACCAAAAUGAUAGAUUUUGAUUCCUAGGGUCUUGUUCUGAAGUACUAUUCUACUGAUUGUAGUGCUGUAGUUUAAGUGGCUGUUCCAUUCUGGCACUAAGUGUCUUUUCCUUCCCCCUCCACGUUAUUCCACUUUAUUGUUGGCUUUAUUGCUUUAUUGCUGCUUCACUGGACUGGGUGUAUCUCUGCAGAGUUUUAUUCUGGAAGAAUCACUUUUAUUAGACUGUUCUGGGUCUUUUCUCCAAAUCAUUAUUCUGUGGUUAAUGUGUUUUUGGAUUAUGCCUUUAGGCUCAGUGUUUAAUAAAUGUUUUAUCUGUAAUUGGGCCAGCUGUUCCUGUUUUGUUAUUAUAUCUAAAACUACAGGACUGCGUGUGAUCAGACUGAGAUACAGACGCCACUGAUCUGGGUUUGGCAACUACAGUGCAGAAGGAGGGAGACCAGGAUGUGAAAUAUCGUCCCCUGCUGACGACCAUGAGGAAAACAUCACAUCUAAUGAAAGCUGGAGGAUGGUGUUACUGAUAUGCCUGAAUGAAUAAAUAAAUGAAAACGUGA